CAUAAAACCCCUUUCCUCCCCCAAUUUCUCUUCGUUCCCAUCCUCAAAAGCAACAACGCCGAUGACGAAAGCAAGGCUCUCUCUGAUCGCCGUCGUGGUGCUGGCGCUGCUGGAGGUGGCGGUUCUGGCGGAAGGAUACAGCGGAAGAAUAGGCGGACGAAGAAGAAUCAAAGACGUGAGGAGCAACGAGGAGGUGCAGGGAUUAGGGAGGUUCAGCGUGGAGGAGUACAAUCGGAGAUCGCGGCGGAGUGGAGGCGGAGAGGUGGAGUUCUUGGCGGUGUUGGUGGCGGAGAGGCAGGUGGUGGCCGGAACGAAGUAUUACUUGAGGAUCUUGGGGAUUGAGAACGGUCGGAAGAGGAUUUUCGAAUCGGUUGUGGUUGUGAAGCCGUGGCUAGGGUCUAAGCAGCUUAUCGAUUUCUCGGCGUCGAGAUUGUUUCCGAGUAGGAUUUCUAAUUUCUGAGGGUUUUUGGGCGUCGAGAGCGUUUACGAGUCCGUCGGGAACAGAGUUGCACCAAAUGCAGAGGUUAGGGGAGUGAAGUUUUUGCAUGUUAUAUACUAAAUAAAAAAUUAUAUAUUUUUCUUCAUUUUUUA